AACGCGCGGCAUUGGAACAUAGGUGGCGAUUUCGUUUGCGAAAAGUCAUUCCAUCCACAAACAAACAACAAGAAGAAGUGGAAGUGGUGAUUUGAGCACGGCCAGACCGCGAGCAGCCAAAACAUUUUAUUCCAAGUUCAGAUUGAAAUCAGUUCGGAUCGAGGUGCGAAUUUGCAUUGGUAAAAGUUGGUGUCCCGGAAAUCGGAAGAACGAGACGAAAUAAACAACGUCGGUGACAGGAAGCAGAAAACAGAAGCGAAGCGUGGAGUGAAGUGGAUUGUGGUGUGCGAAUUGCGUAGAAAGUUGUCCUUGAUGAGCAGCAGCUUGGAUAUUGCUCGAGUGCCAUUGAUUCGCUUUCGUCGUGAGUAUUUUUAGUUCACGUCCACGCGCCUGGUGGAUCCCUGCAAGGUUCGAGUGGAGUUACCUGUCCCAAGCACCGGAAGGCUUGUGUUUCUGUCUAGUGUAUUUGUCGUGUGUUGUCCUGCAACGUUGACGUGAAAGUUAACACCGCUCCCACAGGCCCCCCGCGUGGUGAAAUUUUCCGGGCGCUGAGCCCAGCUAUCGCCAAGACGACGCAAUUAACUUGUGGGAAAACAAAGAUACCAUGUGCCCGUAGAUUUCCACGAGAGGGAUAACGAGGGAAAUCAUCGCCGCAAUAUUUCGUUUUCAUAACUCAAAAUAUAGAACAAAAGCCUCUGGGACUGAUCACAUUCGUCGUCGUUCAAGUGAAUUAUAAAUAAAUAAACAAGAAAGAUUCGGGCUCGCACGGUCAGGCCAAGCGCACUGCCAAAAGUGUUUAUUUUGCGUUUUUCCGCACUUCCUGUAUAACGAAUCCGCGUUCGGGGCUCAAUUUGCAAUCUUUUGUGCCGUCACGUUACCGACAUAUCAAUCAUCUUUGCCGAUAUAUUCGCAUUACCGUCGAGAGCUUGCGGUUUACUUUGAUAUAUCGAUAUAUGACUGAGUGCGAGGCCUCUGGGACUUGAUUUGGAUCCGCUCAGGUGAAGUGCUGCUCGCUUGGUGCUUGGGUAAACCACCCUCGUGUUCAUUGGAGACAUCACGUGAAUCAGUUUGGAAUUCUGAGCCAUUCACGAAGGUCCUACGACGGAUAACCAAUUGAAGAUGAUUCGUAAUCCGAUACUUUUACAUUGCGGAGCUGCUGUGGCUGUGACGAUAGCCGUAUCUUGGCUUGAUAUACGACCACUCGGUGUUCUAUUCCUCAUAUUACUGGCGCUGUGGAUCUACAAAACGCGCUGCAGCGCAGCUAUAAAAAUAAUUCUACCCCAACAUAUCAAUGCAAAAAUCUUAGAGUUUCACGAUCGCGUUGUGAAAUUACGUAAAGAACAUCCAGGUGUAUUUUGCGGAAUCGUAUCUUCAUGUUUAGCGGUCUUAGCUAUUCUGGGGCAUAUGAUCUCCGGCUCGAGUUUUGUUGUGUUUGGACUGAUUGCAGCUGGCCUCGUUUCAACCAAAUAUAAUUUCCAAAUAUUGAAAGUGGAAAAUAAAGAAGCUUUAAUUUGGCCCUGAAACACCUGAUCACGACGUUGACGAAUUUCUACCUGAAGUUAACGAAUCAAACUUAUUCGUCUUACAACGUGCUAGCGAUCAAGCCAUCAUCAAUCCAACCGCAGGCGAGGAAGAAGAG